CGAGGUAGAAGCGGCACCACUGUGAUUGUUGUUGUUUACCAUUUCCUCGGAGGACAAAAGGCAGAAUGGUGUAAAAUUCAUGAGUUCUCCUGUCAGACGGUAGUGGGGGACUGGAACUCUAUCCUAAGUACGGCCAGAGUCAUGGUUCAUAAGGCUAAAUAUGAUGAUUCUGCUCUGUGCUGUUGUGAGUACAUCAAUGAGAACAAUCAGCGCUCCCACCUCCUGGCGGUUCUGUGCGACUGUGAAGCCAUUGAUGAGGCAUUUGAGAGAAUUUUCACAAGGCAAUCACUUCAGCAGCACAACGUUGACAAGAUCAUGGAGACAGUCGGUGACCGGCUGAGGAUCCCCUGGCCAGGCGGGGCCAAGAAGGUGCCUCUGGAUGUUGCUGCUGCCUUGUGUUGCGUGUUCUUCAUCAUCUUUCUUGGGAGCUUUUCUUGGACUCUUACUAUAGUGACAUACAGUUUCAUCUUACCAUCACUCAUGCUUGUCAUACAUCACUCCAUCAAGAACACAGUGGUUGCUCAGAAUGCUCAGAUAUAUAAAAGAGACAAAUCCCAUAAAAAGAAUCCAAGAUCAAGAUUUUAUUUUUCUUGGCUUAUUGUGUCUCUUGUUUCUCUUCUCUUUUUAUACUAUACUCAGGUCAUUGCCGAGCUUAAAAUCAAUGCAAUGGAGAAUUUUGCCUUCAUGUUGCUAGUUUGUGUGUCUUGUACAUGCAUGUACCUUGUCCGUGCUACCACCUGUCCUGGCUUUGAGUCUAAGAGCAAAGAGGGCAGUGAGGAAAGUGAGAUCUUUGAGUCAGGAGCAUGGAGGAUUUGUGGAGAGUGUCAGCAGCAGGUGCCACGCCAAGCUUCCCACUGCUACAAGUGUGACACCUGCUUCCUGCUGAGGGAUCACCAUUGUGUGUGGCUGGACACGUGCAUCAGCUGUGUGAAUGACCGCUGGUUUGUGACUGGCCUCACCUUUGGUCUGGUAGCUCUCUGUUAUGGUGCCCAACUCAGCCUCACUACUGUGUGCCAUCCAAAACUUGUUGACAUUUAUUUCACGACUAUCCUUGUUCCUCAUAUCUGCACAGAUGCAUUCAUGAACUGGCGAUACAGCUUAUCUGCAUCAGCUGCAAGCUACAGCAUCUUCCUGGCAGUGUUUGUGAGUGUGGCAUUGGUGCAGCAAGUGGUGUGUGUGCUGUGGGGAGUCAGGCUGAGGGAGUUCAGGUACAGACACUCCCAGUCUAAGUCUGGAGGUUGCUCUGUCAAGCAGCCUUUUGAAAACUGCUUCAGGUUUUGGUGGAGAAGCUGAGAUACUAAAGAACAUUUUCUUAAAUACUAAUAUAAUUGGCACUGCAUGUUUUACAUGAAAAGGAAGAGUGGUAAUGUUUGCAAUGCUGUCAGUGUUCAUGAUCGUUUUCACUGGAUGUGUCAAAGGCAGUGCAUAGACAGAUAAAGUUUGUAGAUAUAGGUAUUAUGAAUGACACACCUAGUCAUUUGUAUUAGGAGUAAUUUUUUUCAAGAGAAUAACAUAUGAAGACCAUCAGGAAAUGUGUACACAAGAUGCAUCCAUAAUAUAGGUAAUCUCAAAAAGUAUUUUUCAAUUGUAUUGUUACUUAUAUCAUAAUGUAUCAAAGUGGUAGUUUUUAUCCCUUUUAGAAAUGUCAGUGUCUUAAUAAUUGUAUUUUUGUUACAAUCAGCAAGAGAAAAGAAUGAUACAUGCAAAGUGUGAAUAGUGUGAGGGAAGCAUUAGAUACAACUAUUAUGCCUGUGAAGAAGAGUGGUACAAAAGGAUAGAUGAAUAUGGUACAGAAAAAAGAGACAAGAGAUUAGCUAGUAAAAGCUGUUUAUAACUCCGUCUGUUAAUGAAGAAAUGGUUAGCUUAAUUAAAACUUUUACUGAGCAGAUAUAACUAAAGGCACUAGAAGAUUGUACUUUAGAGGAUGGAGAUAUGGAUUGAAAGAUGUGGUUAGAGAGGAUGAAAAGUAUGUAAGGGAUAAAGUGAAGUGGAACUGACACAUUAUUGAGAUCUCUGAAAAGUAGAUUGUACUUGCAUACACUCAUGUUCACAAGAUGCUUUGUAAUAACACUGAAAAUUAAUGUGACAGUAUAAUAAGAAAAUGGUAUGCUUAGAUAUAGUUUUAGGAUAUUUUUCUAAACUGAUUUUGAUGUUUUUUUUUUUCAUGAUAAAGAGUGAAAAGUGUUACAUCCUAAUAUUAAGAAGUGGAAAAGAAAAUGUGAGACUACAAAUUUUGAGUUUUUGUGCAUUCUUUUUAUUUUUGUGCCAUCCCAUGUAAAACAAACAGGCAAAUGUGUGUGUCUCACUAUGUGUAGCCCAGACAGCAUUAGUGAACCAGCACUAAAUUGUGUGUGAUAGAAUGGUACAAAAACAGUCAAGCUUAUAUUUGUACAACUCAUUGCCACCAUUAUUGAUUUGAUGAUUCAGUUGUCAGAUACCAAAGAAAAAUUAUAGUAAUGUGUUUCUGGGCCCCCUCAGUGAAGGUGUCUCAGGUAGUCAGAGAUGAUUCUUGUGAUAAUUUUUACCCAGAGUAACCUUUGAGAAUAUAUCUUUCAAAAGUA